AUGAGUGUGAUCAGUCAGGUUUGUAGGAACACAGUUCGCUCUUUAUACAGCAGGGUUUUAAUAAUCCAGAGCAGAAAACUCUCUGAUCGUGUUGAGAAGUCGGAUGAGAUUGAGCAGAACGAUGUGGUGGAGGAGAAAGCGAGACAGAGAAGAUCUCCCGGUGCAGUAUCAGUGCUGCUCUUCCCCGGACAGGGCAGUCAGUUUGUCGGGAUGGGUAGAGGACUGCUGAAAUACAGCAAUGUUGAAAAGAUGUUCACUGUUGCUGAAAAGGUUCUGGGCUACGAUCUUAUGUCCCUGUGUUUAAACGGACCUGAGAAGGAGCUUAUGAAGACAGUACAUUGCCAGCCUGCAGUGUUUGUAACAUCUCUAGCUGCUGUGGAGAGGCUAAACCAUGAAAACCCGACUGCAAUAGAGAACUGUGUAGCUGCUGCUGGCUUCAGCGUUGGCGAGUUUGCAGCUUUGGUGUUCUCAGGUGCAAUGGAUUUCGCUGAAGCCCUUUAUGCAGUGAAGGUUAGGGCGGAGGCCAUGCAGAAGGCUUCUGAUGAAAUCCCAAGUGGAAUGCUUUCUGUGUUUGGUAGACCUCAAGCCAAUUACAAAUACGCCUGCCUUCAAGCUAGAGAGCACUGCCUGUCUCUGGGUAUUCAGAACCCUGUCUGCUCUAUUGCAAACUACCUGUUUCCAGAUGGGAGGGUCAUCGCUGGACAUCUAGAGGCACUCGAGUUCCUUCAGAAAAAAUCCAGGCAGUUGCACUUUGUGAGGACCAAGCUUCUCCCGGUGAGCGGGGCUUUUCACACCGAGCUGAUGGAGCCGGCAGUGCAGCCACUUAGUGACGUUCUGCGUCGGCUGGAGAUACGGCGGCCCGAGAUCGCUGUUCACUCCAACGUGGAUGGAAAGCGGUACAUGCAUGAUAAGCACAUGCGCAAGCAGCUUGCCAGGCAGCUAGUGUCUCCGGUGAAGUGGGAGCAGACGCUGCAUGAGAUCUAUGAAAGGAGUCGGGGGCAGGAGUUCCCUAAUACGUAUGAAGUGGGACCCGGGAGACAGCUGGGAGCUACGCUGCAGAAGUGCAACCUGAAGGCGUUUAAGAACUACACGCACGUUGACGUGGCAUUUCCUCAGGAUGACUGAGAGGAGUGUGUGGUAAAUGGUGGCACAGCGCGGUGCUUUAAUGAACCACAGAUUGCUUCUGUUCGUCCUUUAUAUCGUAAAUGGCUUUAAUGAUUAGAAAAGCACCAUGUUGGAGGGAACUGAGCCGCUGUACAACUCAGUACUUGGGUAAUCACCAGGUUACUUGUGUCACUGACAAAUGCAGCCGUCACUUGGCUUGUCAUUUAGCAAGCUGCAUCCAUUCAGAGAUUUGCCUUGAAAUAUGUGUUACACACAACCCAAUGUUUUAAAUAACAAUAAUAUACAAUAAUUUUAAAUUAUUACAUUUGUAAUUAUUACACUCUGUACCAGCUGUAAUAGCACUCAUGGUAAAGUGAUUGACUCAGGGAUGACUGCAUUAUUGGACUGUAUAAUGAACGUAUGUAUUUUUUGGAAUGCAGUAUCAUUAUCAUCAUCCUAAGUGUUCAGAUUUGUUAACUGUAUUUUAAAUAUUGUUUACGCCUCAUGUCGGCUUGCUGGGGUGGCACGGUGGCUAAGUGGGUAGCACUGUUGCCUCACAGCAGGAAGGUCCUGGGUUCGAUCCCCAGGUGGGGUGGUCCGGGUCCUUUCUGUGUGGAGUUUGCAUGUUCUCCCCGUGUCUGUGUGGGUUUCAUCCGAGUGCUCCGGUUUCCUCCCACAGUCCAAAGACAUGCAAGUGAGGUAAUUUGGAGAUAUAAAAUUGUCCAUGACUGUGUUCGACAUAACCUUGUGAACCGAUGAGUCUUGUGUAACUACCGUUUCUGUCGUGGAUGUAACUGAAGUUAGAAAUCCAAAUAAACAAACAAUGAUGGCUCGCUGCACCUGUUAAUAUAUUGGCGGCUGUGACAUGAGCCACUUGUAAUUCCCGAAGAAUUGUACUAGGGCUUAUCUUGGUAAAUUCAUGUAAAAUGGCUUGUCUCACAAUUCACAAAUACCACUAUAGAUCACCCACAAGAAUUUUUGGGUAUUAUUCUGUGGACUUAUAAGUGAACAAUGGAAAGUUCUGGAAGACAUGGGUGCCAUUACAUCCAGUUUAAGGCUCAUUAAUUAUAGUUGAUGGAACCAUAAAUUCAGUUCUAGCUGAAAACCCUGAAGAAAAAUAUUCACACAUUAAUUUGUGACCUAAAGUUUAAACACAGUUUGGUUAUGCAGCAGGACAAUGAUCUGAAGCACACAAGCAAGUUUGAUUGGAUCAAAAGAAAAAAACAAAAUUAGUUUUUUAGUGGUUGCAGUCAAAGUGGUCAAAGUCUUGAGUGGCAAGAUCUUAAACAGGCUGGUCAUGCUUGAAAAUCUUCUAGUGUAACCCAAGAGUGGACCAACAUUCUUCCACAGGAAUGUAUUUUCUGUUUAUUUGUGUGGUUUUAUCUUACAUUAAAAUUAGUUGGAAGAUCUGA